AGCCACGGUUGGGACAGGGCUGAGCCCCCACAUCAUGGGCUUGUCUCUGGGGGGGCUGCAAUGACCACCUGAUUAAUUAAACGUGGCACGUUGAAGGGGAAGGGGGGAAUAAACCCCAAAAGUCACAGUUUUACAGCUGGGUUUAGUGAGGCUUUUGCUGCUGUGGGGUUGGUUUGAGUGUCUGCUGCGGGGUUGGGCUGGUUUGUCAUUUUUGCUGCCUUGUAAGAGCUUCUGCAGUGGUUUUGUCGGGGUUUUCUUCAGCCCCUUGUUGCUGACAGAGUUGCUUCUCGGGAAGAGAAUUGAGCAAAUCGUGGUGCAAAGAGGCUGCCGAGUGCAUCCACCCCACAGAGCCCAGGGAAGGUCAGCCCCGGGCCCUGAGGCUUCUCUGUAAGGAUGGGGAAAGGAACCCAAAAGCCAAAUUCUUCAAGCCAGGAGGAAGCCCUGAACACCUGCAGUGAUCCAGAGGAACAGUGCAAAUGUGGGUCCUACAGAACCGAGUCAGACCGGAGAACAUCCCCCAAGGUGCGUGUUCCCCUUCCUCUGAGUGUGUUCCUGGGGAUCCUCAGCUUGAGCCUGGUCGUGGCACUGACUGUUCUCUGUGUGAGACCCUGGUUCUCUGAGCUGGAAUUCUCCCACGUGUGCCCAGACACCUGGCCUGGUUUCCAAGGAAAAUGUUAUCAUUUUUCUGAGGCUGAGGGCAACUGGACCACGGGCCGGGAAAGGUGUGAGGCCCUGGGAGCUUCCCUGGCCACCAUAAGCACCAGGGAGGAACUGGCCUUCCUUCUGCGCUAUAAAGGCAAAGCAAACCACUGGAUUGGGCUGGGAAUGAGGGAUAACAGCUGGGAGUGGAUCAAUGGCACGGCCUUGAACGGCAGGUUUGAGGUGAGGGGUGGAGGACCCUGUGGGUACCUCGAUGACUGGUGGAUCAGCUCGUCCCUGUGCCACAGGGAGAAGAACUGGAUCUGCAGCCGCCCUGACAACUUCGUCCUGUGGGAGGGGAAAUUAAGAGACCCCAAACCAGGACUUUCAACCUAAAUCUCUGACCAGAUGGGGGAGCUUCACCCCAGCACUGCAACUGAAAUUUUCAGGGUGAAUUCAAAAAAUCAGGUACAAGGAACUGGUGCUAUCCCCCAUCCUUUGGACCUUUUGAGCAGCACAAGUGUGGUUUGCACCACAGAAAACUUGCUCAAAAGGUUUGCACAAAUGCAACUGGUAUUUAUACAAUUUGCCUUAAAUGCAUAUUUAUAUGAGUACAACAUUUAUGUAGCCAUAUUUAUAUGAGUACGACAUUUAUGUAGCCAUAUUAAUAAUAGGUGGAGAAUAGGCGGAGCUCAGGCCGGUGCUUCUCUUGGCCCUCCAUUUCGGUGGGAGGUAAAUCAGCCUUUUUUCACACUAUUUUCAGCCUUAUUUCAAGUUUUUUCUGCGGUGGCCGCGGUUUGGGGGCGGUUUUGGGGUGAGAAAGGAGCCUUUUAGUGUCCGUUCUUUCCCUCCUGGUACUUCUGCAUCACUCCCACUCUUCUCACCCUCGGAACGUGCUGAUUGGCUGAUUAAACCACGCCCCCUCACUCCCAUUGGCCGCUCCUCCCCACGCUCCACCCCUUCCCUUUCCCCACCCUCAGGGCGGACCUGCUUGGGAACUGCGCCCCCCCGUGGGCAGCGCGGGAAAGGCGGGGUGCAGACCUGGUUGAGGACUGCGAGAGUGGGGUCGGGAGUGUCCGUUUUAAGUAGAAAAAGGCGGAUUUUGGGGCCGGUUUUGCAACGUUUCACAUUAAUAAAAAGCAAGUGUUUAUAAAACUGAA